CAUUAUUUUGCCACAAUUAUCAAAUCAUCUCCAUUGAAAACACCAACAGUUGUAUCUUCAGAACCUGCAUGUUUAUAUGGCACACCUACGGCUGCUGUGAGUAAGUGGUCUUGGAAAGAAGGAGAUAUUUCACCUUGGAAAGGAAAGUCUGGUUCUCGUUCCAGUUUAAAUAACAAUGAAGACUUUCAAACUGAAAAAUCUCCGAUUGCCAAUGCUAACUUUGGGGACCAUGAUGAGGAAAUGCAGUCUGAUAGAAUUUGGGGAAAUAUGUUCAAAUUAGAUCAAGACACCCAAGCUCCCCAAAUAGGGGACUGCAAGUUGGACUUGACUCUUUGUAACUUGAAUAACCAUGUUGGAGACCACAGUGCUUUGAAAAGUAGCAAAAGACAAGACUGGUUUGAUAUUGAUAAUAUCAGUCUGUCUGAAUCCUUCUCUAGCCUCACCAGGGAUGAUAUUUACACUGUUGGGGACAUGCUUUCAUGCAGUUCAGUCUUGAAUAAUAACAAAACCAAUCAAAAGUCCAUGGAUGGAAGUGAUGAAUUUCAUGACUACUUCACCAGAAAAUCUAGACACUCACAUUUGGAAGAUAUCAGCCUGUGGGAAGGGAAUGUUAAAGGAGAAAUAAAUGGAAACACAGGUGAAUGUUUGUUUUAUUCGUCUUCUGUCCACUUUUACCGAAAUAGCAGGCCAAAGCAUACCCCUGUCCAGAUUAAACACCAUUUGGUUCAAGAAGCACUAUGUGGAGAAUGACUAACUCUAUGGUUUUAUAUAUACACUGUUGUCCAAAGGUCCUUUGUGCAUCCAUAGAACACAACCUUACAAGUAAGGUCAAGAGUGGUGCUAAGAUAUUUCAUUCCUGAAAUUGGUAGGCAGUUGAAAGCCCUGGCCUGCUUGUGUGUUUCUGUGAGAUGCAGAUGUCAUCAUUGUCUGUUUUUCACUUGUGCUGCUGAGUUUCUUGAGCUGUGGGCUGACAUUGGCAGAGUCACUGGGAUAAUCAUCGUGGGGAGGGUAGGAUGUGGAGAAGCCUCUUCAUCAUGGUACAUCUUAAGGUUGCUGGCAAGUUAGGUGUUGCUUGGUAUCUUGUCAGUGUUGUUGGAGCCAUCAAUGAUUUCUUUGUUGGUGUUGUGUCAGCGAUCAAGGUAUGCUUCUUUUGUUCCUGGGCAGAGUGGAUGUUUGUUAUGAUGGUUGAGAAGAUCUUUUCAUGAAUAGAUGUCAAUGUAUUCAUCGUCUCAAAGGGUCAUACGGCCCACAAUAUCCCCUUCUGAGGGUUUGAGGUCCAUAGGAUGGCCAUCCUUCCUUACAUGACCUCAAAAGGAGUGCACUUGUUUGAGGCAUGCACUGAUGUGUAAUAAGAAAACAGAACACCAGGAAUGAACUUGUCCCAGUAGUUAUCUUGGUCAUGAACAAGCUAAAUAAGAGUUUCUUUGAGUGUUCAAGUGCCAUGUUCCUGUUGGCCAUUUGUUUAUGGGUGGUAGCCAGAUGCAAUAUGGUGAUCAGUUUGGAAAUUCUCCAUCAGGUUGUCAAUGAUCAAAUUCACAAACUCUCAUCCCUGGUUACAAAUCACAUUGUCCAUAUAACUAAGGCAACAAAUAAGGAGGGCACAAAAAAUUUGCCACUGACUUUUCACUCUUAUGUGGAACAGCUGUUGCUUCAGUCCACUAGAAGAAAUGAUCAGUGGCUGUAUAUUUGUUAGCAUUUGAUGUUUCCUAAUGGGCACCGAUCAUAUCACUACCAAAUAUGCUCCAUACUUUUCCAGGCACUGGUAUAAUGUUGAGUUAUGGAGCCUCCUAGCUGACAAAACAUUUUUGACAGGCUUUGACAUGUAUGUGAACGCCGUGUUCCUCAUUCUCUUCCAGGUUUUUCUCAUGUUUUAUGUCUAUAGAAAUGGCCACAAGCAGCUGGGAUGGCAUUAUAAGCCUUCAGGAUAUUUUUCCUUGGCUUUUUAUUGAGAACCUCCUUUUCCCCAUGGUAAAGAUCCUUCCUACUGCUCAAUAUGGCGUAGCUGUUUGUCUGAAAUUGGGCUGGGCAUUUAAUUGUUUCUUUGGAGGUAGAUCUUAGAUCUAUUGGGGGUACUUACUUAAGUUGUGUUGCAGUGUAGCAUCAGAAAAGCUUGUCAUGCAGUUGGUCUUCCAAAUUUAAGGCAGGAUGGUUUUGGGGGAUAUUUUAUAGGGAACAAAUGUUUUCUUUAAGCCGACAAAUACAAUAAGAUGACUUAAGCAACAUUGACAAAUUCCCACAAUGUUGCCUCCACUGCUUGUCUUGUCUCAUCCUUUUAAACCUGCCUAUGCUACAACUACGCUGAUAUUCAUUAAUUUUCUAAACUUGGUUUGACUAUCACGUUACAAAGAUAUAGUCUGGCCUAGGGGCCACUAGGGGGAUAUAUUCUGAUAUUUGAGUCUUAUGGUUUGUCUUUCAGCUUCCUCACAUAAGUUAACCAACAAAGCUGAACCCUCAAUAAAAUGUUGAACUAUCAGUAAUUCUUGUUUAUCUCUAUACAAUGUUGAUAUGGGGGUGGGUGGAAAAAUCUGGCCUUAUGGGGUAUAGUCUGGCCUAGGCUUUUUAACCCCCAAGUUUAGUUGGUCCUAUGCCAGAUUAACCCCGGGCUUAAACUGGACGAGUGUAUACUCCGGCCUGCUGCAUUGGUGAAGUAUAGUUGAUAAAUGGCUGCAAGGUGUAAGAGCUCCUGGAGGUUCAUCUUGCGUCCUUAACACAUUGAUCCACCAAUGGUGUGGUCUUCCUCAUGCCUUUAAACUGGAGUGCUUGCUGUUGUAAGCUUGCAAUGCAGGUUGGUUGACAGGCAUUCUGACCAGGUGGUGAAACCAAUUGAUUGAUGGGCAAUAUACUGGCUGAUUGGGAUAGUACCAACCAAUUUAUUCAAUUAACAUAAUAUGUAUUUCUCAAAUUAAAACUAAAACCAAGGAGGGGAUUAAUUUUUUUUACACAAAGUGUCAUUACCACACCAGCCCCUUCCUUUUUAACCCUUCAGAACUUAGCAUCAAAAUGAGAAAUGUAUGGAUUUUUUUAAAAAGAUAACUAAGGGUACUCUUUCCAGGGUUAAUGUGGAAGUUGUUCAGUGAAAACAAAAGAUUACACAUGUAUCAUAACAUUUUUAAGACCUUGAUUUUUAUAGAUCCAGAAAUCCUGCUGUAGUAAAAUUUGACCAUUUUAUCAUAGGCUCCCAACUUUUACCCAUUUUCAAGAAGUGACUAAUGACCUCAUUUCAUAGGAGCAAAUUGAUCCUCUACCCCAAAAUAAUUUUUAAAAAAAUACUAUAAGAGAAAUUACAUUGAAAAUAGCUGCAGUAUUAUAAAAUCAUUUAAACCUUUUUGAAACAGAUUAAAAAAACACAUUUCUUUAAAAUCAUUAUUUUUAGUUUAUUGUUUCAGAAAACCAACCAUGACCCUCUUUGGGGGUAGGGACCCAUAGUUUGGGAACAGAGCAGUAGAUCAUUUUACUGUUUUGUAAUGUGUAAAAUGUUUCCUCUCCAGAUCGGGCCAAACCAGAUACAAAGAAAAGCUCUGGAGAUGACAAUCAGGUUUGGAUGAAGGUAUUUCUUAAUUGAUUUUAUGUUUAAUUAAAGGUUUAUUACAAAACUAAUUACAAUAUUCAAGUUACCUGAUUAAUCUUGUUAAAGUAGUGCAGAACAAUCUGUGUGUCAAGCUAAAACAUUACAUCACAGACAAAAUGAUGGAUAGAUUUCAUAAAUCUAGUCACAAUUUGCCAAUCUCUUAUUUAUUUUUAAUUAAGUUUGAAUUUUAAAGAAACUAAAAUUAUAUGGUUGCCUCCCUGGCCUGCAAAAAAACUGGGUGUCAAUAAAUUUGAUUUUUAUAGAGGGGCAAAUGUUACAUUUUGUGUUGGUUAUUGCAAUAUAUCAUUAAUGCCGCUUUAGCUGUAGGCAACACUUUUUUUUGUGUGGCUUUCCAAGUAAUGUCAAAUAUCUGUGAUUUUCAUUUAAAAAAUUGAGCUACCUUUCAAAUAAUGUAGUGGAAAAAAACAUCCCUAAACAUUGUCGAGCAUAUAAUGUAAUUAAUUGUUAAAGGAAAACAACUUUAUAGAGCUAUAUUUUAAUACAAACCUUUUUAGUUUUAAGAAAAUGUGUAAUAGUUGUUUGCAUUCUUUUCCUAUCUGAUACCAGAGAUAUACCACCUUACUUGGCCUUAGAAGGCAGGGGUGGGUGGGUUUAAAGUAAAUCACACCUCUACCAUAUAUUUCUUGCCAUACUGAGGAUCCCAAAUAAUAAUUCUACUGUUUGAUGAUUAAAUUGCAUUUAUUUUUGUAGGUGACUAAUGCCAAGAAACAGAAGGUAUCCAUCAGUGAUAGACUGGAGGAGUUCAGGCAGCAGGAAAAGUAUAAAAACUUGACCACUCGCAUCCUAGAGAUUUACAAGAAUUUAACAAGGUCACCAGCAUUUUUGUUACUAAAUCUUGUUUUGUAAUGCAUAUUAUUAAUUUUACUAGAAGUAAUCUCCCAAAAAGGUGGCAGCCCAAUUAGUAAUAAUGCUAACUUCUGUGAAUUUUAUAACAAUUCAUGCAUCCCUAUGCUAACUACUGGGAAGUAUAUUUCCAGACCUGUUUACUCAUACAAUUUUGAGAUGUCUUUUACAAUUGUACCCCAAGACCUAUCAGAACUACGAUUUUUAGAGACCGGGUUGAAUACAUAUACAUUCCGAUAGUUUUUCAGAUUUAAAAAAAAUUUAAAAAUAGAAAAUUUUCGUUGUUGGAUUUAAUUUGAAAUCAACAUCCAGCAGUGAAUGGAUUGAGAAUACGAUUGGUUAGGGACCAUCUAUAAUUAUAUUAAGUUUGCCAUGAAAAGGGAAUGUAGUUGUGUUGAUUUAGGAGAUUGAUUUUGUAUACAGUUUUUUUCAGGGUUGGGGGGGGGGGGGGUCAAAUUAUUUAAGUUUAUAAAAUUAAAACCCCCACAUUUUUAUAAAGAAAGUGGUAUGGUCAUAUUUUUGCUUUGUGUUUUCCUAAUAAACGAACUCACUAGACACGGCAACAGUAAUAUUAGCGUAGUCACCCUAGUGACAAUUUUAGUCCAUCCGGGGCCAUCCUUAUAGUAUGUACACACUGAGUGGGGAAAGGGGGGGGGGGAGGGCGAUUUAUUAAAUUUUUCCUAUACGUAAAUAUGGCCCAAAAAAGGCGGGGGAGGGGGGGGAUGGUGGUUGUCUGGCCUGAUGGUAUGAACAUUAUUCAAAAAUUCUACGAUAUUCACCCUGAAAGUAAGAAAACAGCAUAUUUAUAUUUUAUAGUAUGUACACACUGAGUGGGGAAAGGGGGGGGGGAGGUCGAUUUAUUAAAUUUUUCCUAUACGUAAAUGUGGCCCAAAAAAGGCGGGGGAGGGGGGGGGAUGGUUGUUGUCUGGACUGAUGGUAUGAACAUUAUUCAAAAAUUCUACGAUAUUCACCCUGAAAGUCAGAAAACAGCAUAUUUAUAUCUCAAGUGCUGUAAAUUUAACACUCAAUAUUUUGUAAGAAUUAUCAUCAUAAAGUUGUUACAUAUUUUCAAAAAUGAACUCGCUGGAUAAACUUGGAUAGUACUAAUAAUUAGAGAUAAUACAGUAAUAUUUAGUCAACUGUAUGUUCAACGUGCUAUUACCUUCUUUUUUGGGAUCAGCUUUUAACUCGAUCCCACUAGAAACGAGUAGUUAUUGUAUACAUUAUAAUAUACUCUGUUUAUUUAUUGACUAUUAAGAUAUUGUUUUGUAUGAUUUUGAGAUGAUAUUGUACGAUUUUAGGAGCUCGAGGGUAAACAUGUCUGUAUUUCUAUAAUAAUUCAUGUCUCCCUCUUUAGUUCUAGCUUCUGUGAAUUUUAAUACUAUAAUAAUUCAUGCAUACCUAUUGGUGCUAACUUCUGGGAAUUUAUUUCUAUACUAAUUCUGUAGGUAUGCAUGUAUGGCUGUAACACUGUGUUAAAUAGGAGGCGCAAAAUAAAAACUGCUUCUAGCAGAAGACCUUCAAUUAUCAUGCGUAGUGACUGUAAACAUUGCAUUUCUCAUAUUUUUCACAAAGUCAAAGCUGUCAUUGAAUCAUGUAAAUUACGGUAACCACUGUCUACUCUUAUUUACUCCUUUUAAAUGUUCAAUCUCUACAGUAGGCCUACUGCUAUUUAAAAAAUAAUAAUUUUGUUCAUUUAAAUGCUUACAGAGAAGAAGCACAGGAUAUUCUGGAGACGGUAUUUACGGAGACGCAUGGCAUGAUAGGGAUGAGGCAGCCUCAGAUUCUGUCCGAGGUGCAAGCAGCACUUACUGAACUCUAUCCAGAGAAGAUAAUUGUUCUAAAGAAAGUGAAUCUUGUGAGGACCUUUUAGCAAAGCAAUUUUAGUUACCAAAUAAAUUAAAUAAUAUUUGAAAAUUACAUCAUAACUUUUCCCCCAAAGGUAAUGAUGUAAGUAUUUAAACAUGCCAACAAUUGAAAUGUUGCUAAAAAGGUUUAAAAUAGAAAUUGGGUAAAAAACGAGAGCACCAUAUAUUCUUAAAAGUGUCACUUUUAAUCAGGAGCACUAAUUAAUUGUUAAAUGAAAGUUUCCAAAUGCAGCUAGUUUUGAAACAUUAUUUGAAACUCUUAUCAAUUGCUUGUUCUGUUUUAUACUAAAUGUAUUGAGAAUCAAUACCAAUUUCUUGUUCUGUUUUAUGUUAUAUGCAUUGAAAAACCUUACAGUUUCAUGACCAUAUUUAUUCAGAUUUAGUAUUUGUAAUUUUAUUUACAUUUAUAAAUCAAGCUAAAUGCCUUUGAAAGUUUCUUCCCAAAUUCCUUUUUAUCCUUGUACCAUAGCAUAUACGGGUUUGUUGACAACUGUGUUAUGAUAUCUAAAAUUUGUAAACAAUAAUAAAAUCACACAAGUUUGAGAUCAUUUGAUCUUUUCAAAUAAAUAUCUUGAAACUCCCAUUGGAGGCUCAAUGUGCAAGAAUUUAUUUAAAUUUGUAAUUUUUUGUGUGUUUUCCAUAGAAUAUUUCAGCUAAAUACAGCACUGCUAACUCCAGUAAAAACAUUAACAAGUCUGCACAGUCCAAGGAUAGCACACUCCGGUCUUCUGGGAAUGUUUCUAAACAUACCAGCGCUAUUGAUAACAACUCUUCAGUCAGUGAUAGUGACAGUUCAGACGAUUUGCUUCAGACUUCAGAAUGGAAUAUUAAAAAACAGGUAUGCUUUGAACAUGCUAGUAAUUUUUCUCCCAUUUUUCCUAAAGUGGUAAGCACUGGAAAGUUUUUGCUAAAAAAAAUGUGACAGCAUUAAAAAAAGUUGGACCCGAGUGUGCUGAUGAGGCUGUUCACCGGUACACUGAAUAUGAUCUUACAAGGUCUCAUAUUUUAGGUAGCACUGAUAAUGCUUAUAAUGCUACAAUGCUGAUGGCACUGAAAAGUAUGAGCCAGAAAACUACAGCCUUAAUAGUGCUGAAGCUACAAUGCCAGUAUGCCUCAAGACUCAACUCAUAGCACUGAAGAUGCUGUGACCUAUCACAGCAAAGCAGUUAGAGUUCUUAAGAUGUCUCUAAGGGAAGAUGAAAAAGAUCAUUAUUUAAAAAAAAGCAUGCAAUAUUCAAUAGUAUUUUCCCUUAUUUAAUUUUGAUGGCCAUUUUUUUUACUAAGAAUUAAUUAAUUUAAAAUGAAUUAUAAAAAAUAUGUUAAUGUUUUUAAAUCCAGUAUAGUAUUUAUAACUGUAGGUGUAUACCAUGCAUGCCAACCUUUGGUUUUAAAAAAACUGUACAAAAAGUCCUAAAAAAAGUUUACAGCAGCAUGAAAAACUGUGCAGAAAAAAAAAUAAGGUAGAAAAAGGAUAAUUUAUGAAUUUUCAUCAUGUUUAUCAAUGUUUUGAAUGCAUGAAUAAAAAAUGAAUAGUCUCACCUUUGCUGCAUGCACAUUCAUGAAUACAUUAUUAAUGAAUACAUCUCAUCUUUUAAUGGAAAACAGCUUGUUGCAAGUCCGAUUUUUUUCAAAUUAUUAAGUUUUUCUACACAGGUCAAUUGCAAUUUUAUUAACAAUGAACAGAUGACUGCACUGCUCCUAGAGCGUUAGUAUUCUUGCCACUAUAAGAUAUGGUGUAGUCAUUUGUUUUGAGGUUGUCUGCAUUUUUCAAUUGAAUUUCUUUCAAUGCAGCAAUAGAUAUUUUAUACUUAAUCAGUUGAUUUAUUAGGUUGGCUAAGUCUCCAGCUCUAAACAGGCUUAGCACAUUCCAGGUCGCAAUCCAAAAAUCAUGUCCAGAUCCAGGCAUAGGUCGAUUUCCAUUGAAAUCAGUCAGGGUUUUAUUCUGUUGAUUGACUUUUGUAACAUUUAUUAUUUUACAUGGCCAGGUUGUUAUCCCUGCGCACAACCGUCUGGGGGGCUGCCCCUUACAGCUCUCUAGGUAGCUUCCUUAAUUUUUGGUAAGGUUCCCUAGCUUUUGUGGAUACCUCCACUUCCUACUAGGCAGUAGGUUCUGAUUUAGAUCUGCCCCGGGUAUUUUAUUUCCCUAGUACCCUCCAUAUCUGGUGGGCUCUCCCCAUCCAUCAACUGGAAGAUCAGUAUCUCUGCAUGAGAACCUAAUAGAUCAACUAAUUAAAUUUAUAAGCUCUAUUGCUGCAUUGCAAGAAAUUCGAGGGAAAGAAUGCAGACAUCCUCUAGACCAGUGGUUUUCAACCUGGGGGUUUGGGGGUUGUACCACCGUUACACAAGGGUGGCCUAAGACCAUCGGAAGACACAUAUUUACAAAGUAGCAACGAAAAUAAUUUUUAAGUUGAGGUUCAGCACAACAUGGGGAACUAUAUUAAAGGAUCACGGCAUUAGGAAGGUUGAGAACCAUUGCUCUAGACCAGGGGUCAGAACCUUUUUGUCUGAGAGAGCCAUGGACACCACAUAUUUUAAAAGUAAUUCUGUGAGAGCCAUACAUUAUGUUAAAACUAAAAAUUGUAGAAAAUUUGUAGAAUGAAAUAUUGAUAUGCAAUUAAUAUGCAGAUCAAAAGAGUCUAAAGAAACGUUUUUUUAUAAUCAAACAUUUGUCUGCGAGCCAGAUGCAGCCAUCAAUAGAGCGACAUGUGGCUCACCAGCCAUAGGUUCCCGACCCCUGCUCUAGACAAUAGACUUCACCUUAUUUUAGAGUGGCAACAAUACUAACACUUUAUUUAUAAAACUGUAAUCAGACCAGUUGUGACAUACUCAAGUGAAACUUGGACCCUAACAAAAACUGCUGAAUCCUAUUAAAUAACAUGGGAGAGAAAAGUUCUCCUGAAAAUAUAGGGACUAACAAAGGAUGAAUAUGGAUGGAGAAUAUGAACCAACAAGGAAUUUUUUAGUCCAUAUCAAGUAACCACACUAGUAGCAGAAAUAAGAAACGGCAGGAUACACUGGGCUGGACACUUAGAAAGAAUGCCAAAUGACAGAGGAGUGAAGGGGUAGAUUUUUCAACAGGACAACGGCUCAAAGGCAGUCUUAGGCUUAGAUGGAUGGAGGAUGUGAAGAGAGAUCUACAGCAGCUGGGAAUCCAAGCAUGGAAAAGAAAAUCAUCAGUUAGGUCAGAGGGAUCAAGCCAUGCCAUUGUAUUAGAUAGGAACAAUGACCAAUGCUAGUCAUUGAUUGAUAGUUUGCUAAUAUUAAAUAUAGUUAAUUAUUUAAUAUAAAUUAAAAUAACCCUGCACAUUUUUUUACACAUACAGAUUUGUAAUUCAUACACCUUGGCAAACAUAUAAAUACUGUACAAAGUAUUGGUAAACUGUACUGGUUGGCUUGUAUGGUGUAUGCUAAAAUAAUUAAAGAUUUAAAAAAAUUAAUGACAUAUUUUGUAAAUAAAUUUAUUUUAGUCUUUAUUUAUGCAUAGCACAUAACUCUUCUAUUUUUUCUGCUUUACUUCCUAGUGAUAGAGGUGUUAAACGUUAAUCCCAAUGUAACGACUGUGACAUAAAAAUAAUUGUUCGUCAGUUGACUCGAUGAGGACCACUCUAAUCAUCCUAAUGAAGCUGGUUCUGUCUGUGGGUGAGAAGAUAUCUGAUGAUACCAAUUUUUUGCAGUAGGUGCAAGUUGGACCCAUUAUGUACCAAGAAGCUUGAUCCUUUUCCGUUUGUUCUCAUGAGCCAUUGAUAAUAACAUCCAC